CAUCCCAACCGACAAUCCAGAUCAGAUUCACCGCCGAGGACGAUGGCAAAGCUCGCUGUGUGUGCUGCUGUACUGCUGGUGCUGCUGGUGGCGCUGAGUGAAAGCAGUCCCAUGAGGUUUUGCUGCACGCAGUACCAAGAAACUCAGGUCCCGGUUAAAAUGCUGAAAAGCUACAGAAUCCAAGACAACACGGGUUACUGCAACAUCAAGGCCGUCGUUUUCAGGACCAAGAGAAACAAAAAUGUCUGUGGCAACCCGGACGACGAAUGGGUGCAGAAGGCCAAGGAGUUGAUUCCACGGAGACACUGAGCAGCAUCGUGGAGGCCACCUGAGGUCGUCAACUCAGAGACAUGAAGAUGCACAAGAUGAAUUCAAUGCCUCAUGUUAAAGUUUUUCAAAUUGAAUUAAUAUAUUACUUUUAGUACCUAAAAUGUGUCAAAAUGUAUUGAUUUGAAAUCAAUAAAUGCAAUAUUUUUAAAAAAC